AUGUCUUGCCGAAAUGUGACUAAAGACACCAGUGCUGUUGAUAGUAUUAUUAUCAAGGAGUCUGCUCCAUGGAUGAAGUCUGUUUCUCGGCUUGAGAAACAUUUUCGGCGCUGUGAAGGUGAACAUCAAGUUCGUGACCUGAUGACAAAGGUGAACAGCUUCAUUGAAAAUACCAAACAAUAUUUUGAUCACCCUGAGAUGAUCUUCCCUGUGACUAGUGAGGUCAAAGCUCCUGGAAGACUAAAGCAAGUCAAAAGAAAAAAAAUCUCUCCCAAAGAACUAUGUCUUGCGCAAGCGCAUAAAUCUUCUUGGUCAGAAAAGGCAGAAGUGGUGUUCGAGAGAUGUGUUCCUAUCUCCCUUUUUAUCACCAUUUCUAAGAGGCCCGUUGCAAGACUACGUACUGAUAUAGCACUCCUUCCGCCAGAUGGAAGGUCUCCAGCUCUACUCAUGGUUACUGUUUCUAUACCUAUCCAAAUAAAUUACUCUUCGGCUCUCAUUGUGUUGCCUACAUGCCACAGUGCGCAAGGUCUAGAAAGAAAGCCAUAA